AUGGAUGGGGGGGGGGGAGGUAAAGAAUCUUUGAUGCUCCAAUGGCCAGGUAGGUAGGAACCUUUGACGUGGGAACCUUACGAGUCGGUUUGCACCGCUUCCGGUUCCGCCCGGACCUCCGGAGCGCGACACACGGGAAGGCAUCAGGCGGUGGCCCUGCGGAGAUGGCGGCCGCCGAGCUGCUGAAGACGCUGCUGUUGAACUUUCUCCUCACCGAGCGAUGCUACGACGAAUUCUUCCUGGAGCUGAACGUCCUGCACGUUCCAUGUCUGAAGAUUCUCCUCAGCAAGGUCCUGGGACUGGGCAUCAUCGCAGGAUCAGUGAUGGUGAAACUGCCUCAGAUUUUUAAAAUCCUUCGAGCAAAGAGCACGGCGGGUCUCAGCUUCAAGUCGGUGCUGCUGGAGAUGCUGUCCAUCACGGGGACCAUGACGUACAGCAUCAGGAACCACUUCCCCUUCAGCUCGUGGGGUGAGGCGCUGUUCCUGAUGUUACAGACCCUGACAAUCGGCUUCCUUAUUCAGUACUAUGCAGGCCGGACGCACCAAGGCGUGCUGCUCCUGCUGGUUUACUCCCUGCUGGUCGGGCUCCUGCUGUUGUCUGUCACCCCUCUGGUGGUCGUGGCCUUCCUCCAGACCCUCAACAUGCCCGCGGUCAUCGUCAGCAGGCUGAUCCAGAUCGUCACCAACUACAGGAACGGCCACACGGGGCAGCUGUCGGCUGUCACCGUGCUGCUGCUCUUUGCUGGCUCCGUGGCACGGAUCUUCACCUCCAUCCAGGAGACAGGAGACCAGCUGAUGGUCCUGACCUACGUGGUCUCGUCCUUGUUCAACGGAGUGAUCGCCACCCAGCUGCUCCUGUACUGGUCCGUGCCCCUGGACAAGGUCACCAAGGCCGACUAACCGAGGCCGGGGCAGCACCGCAGCCAAAAUCCUCAGGAGCCCCCCCCAACCCAUUCACCGCACUGCCCCAGGGACAGGGGGCACACCUCAAUCAUGGAUACCCUCCUCCCCUCUGACCCUCACUGGGGGACGGGUCCCACACACACCCACCCACCCACACACACACACACACACACACACACACACACACACACACACACACACACACACUGACCCUCACUGGGGGACGGGUCCCACACACACACUGACCUUCACUGGGGACUGGGUCCCCCACACACACACACACACACUGACCCUCACUGAGGGACGGGUCCCACACAUGCUGACCCUCACUGAGGGAUAGGUUCCACACACACUGACCCUUACUGGGGGACGGGUCUCACACACACACACACACACACACACACACACACACACACACACACACACACACACACACACUGACCCUCACUGUGACCUGUGCUCCUAGACCCUGUGGUUUAGUGCCCAGGACUGGGCUGUCUGAGCUCCCAGCACUGGGACUGUGUCGGAGGGUGUGGCUGGACUUUGGGGGCCUCUCAGUGAGGUGGAGAAUCAUUGACGCAGUAUGGAGCUGGAAGUUUGGAGGGCUCUGGGGUAGGGUGGGGAAUGUUUGAUUGGGGUAAUGUACACUCCAACUUGCUGAUACCCCACUUAAACCCCCAGGGGCUGGGGUCAGUUCCCUCAGUGUGGGGAACUCACCAUUACACCAUCGGAAGUCCCGGGAGGGGGAGAGUCUGCUGGGGAUUGGUGUGGGUUGGGCUGUAUUGAUGUGGUGGGGGUGAGAUUCUACAUUCCCACCGUGUUAUCCCGGGACCAGGGCAGCGCUCCCAUGCUGGGACAGGGCUGGAAUUCUCUGUUCCUUCCCUCCCGCUGUUCCACGGUGUCCAAAUCCAUCACCGUUCUGUCGAUGCUGUCUGUAGAUUAACUGUGAUUAAAACCUGAUUUGAUUGUC